AUGUUGCUUGGCUUGGCCUCAAUUCAGAGAAUAACUUCUCUAUCAAAGCUAGUAAAGUUGAAGUACUUAAUUCUGACUGAUGCUUCAAAGUUAUGUGUGAUUGAGAGCCUUGUUGAUUUGCAAUCUUUGCAACACGUAACGAUUAUUGGAUGCACAUCUUUGGAAAGAUUGCCUGCUGGUCUUUCUGGGUUGGAGCAAUUGCGAAGUAUUGAGAUCCAAGGAUGCAUGAAAUUGACUGAUCUCUUGGCUCUGUGGAACCUACGAUCUAAUGUUAGUGUUUGGCAGCCAAAUUCUGAUACAUAUUUAUACGACUCGGACUUGAGCUCAGAUUCGUGA